AUGGCACCUGGCAACUUGUCUUCGGAUUGGUCACCACAGUUCAAAGACCUGUACUAUCAAGCAAUCGCCCGCCUUCGCGGCCACCUAGACCUCGCCGCCGACACUGUGUACAACGACCUGAGUCGCGACUUGAACUAUCGCGUGCUGCAGUACGUCGAAGGCGUCCCCGGUGCCCUGCGCCAGGAGUUGGGUUUGCACGACGUGAACGAGGAUGUGAGGGAGCGUGCGAAGAGGCUUUGCGAGGCGAAUCGCGAAACGGCUGCCAAGCGCCGUAAGCUAGCUGGAGAAUGUGCUGAGUUGGAGAAACUGGAGAAAGCACUCGAGGGGUGCGUGUAG